UCUUAUUUCUCACUAGGCACAGUGGUCUCGGAAAUUAUACAUUCAAACACCUUCCAAUACACUGUAGAUUCUUGGUUGACACUGUUGACAGUAGUUGGUCGAUAGACAAAUUGUUGUCGCAUUUUUGACAGUUUGUCAACGUCAAGGACCGAGGAGAGUACUGUAUCUACACUUCCAUUGAUUUGCAGAGAUGGUUACGAUGGCCGAACCCCUUACUUUAGCAAAUGAUGUUAAAAGAUCUAUUGAAUUACUGGAUAAAUUGCAAAAAGGUGGUGAAGUACCUGCAACUAAAUUAGCUGCUUUGCAGAAAGUUUUGCAGAGUGAUUUCCUUAGUGCUGUACGAGAAGUGUAUGAACAUGUAUAUGAGACUGUAGACAUUCAAGGAUCUCAGGAUGUUCGUGCAUCGGCUACUGCAAAAGCAACAGUCGCAGCUUUUGCAGCUAGUGAGGGCCACGCACAUCCGCGAGUGGUGGAACUACCGAAAACUGAGGAAGGUCUUGGUUUUAACGUAAUGGGAGGCAAGGAACAAAAUUCACCGAUUUAUAUUUCACGAAUUAUUCCUGGAGGGGUUGCCGAUCGUCACGGUGGCUUGAAACGGGGUGAUCAGUUAUUAUCUGUUAACGGAGUGUGCGUGGAAGGCGAGAAUCAUGAGAAAGCAGUAGAAUUGCUGAAGCAAGCACAGAAUUCUGUGAAGCUGGUCGUACGUUACACUCCGCGAGUUUUAGAAGAAAUGGAAUUACGCUUUGACAAGCAAAGGGCAGCACGUAGGCGUCAACAUAUGCAAUAAAAUCGAACGUUGUUACAUUUAAUCGUCCCCUUCCAAUGAACAAAUCAUAUGCAUAUU